UCACCCACACACGCCAGAAAUGAAAGUAAAAGUGCUUCAGUCAAAACAAGUAGAGACGAAUUAGAGCAAGCAAGCAAGAGGUAAAACCACGAAGAUGCCAGUUGUCUUUAGUGGAUGGAAGACCUACUGUGACAAAGCAAAGCAGCUACAACCAGGCCAGGCACCUAAAACCAGCCAUGACUACACCAUGUACCACGGGACUCUCAAGAGCAAUGCUUCAGCCAUCAUAUCAUCAGGAUUCAAACCCUCAUCAGGAGGAACUCUGGGACCUGGAGUCUACUGCAGUCGAGACAUUAAAAAAGCCAUGAGCUAUCCAGCAUUUUGUGCCCCCGAUGACAGAGUGGUGUUCAAGCUGCGGGUCAGAGUGGGCAAAGUCAAGAGGAUCGAUAGCCAGUGUUUACACCUGCAAACCACAUGGCAUCAGAAUGGAUACGACACAGCCUGGCUGCCCGGCUCUGCCCUCAACUACGAGGAAGACUGUGUGUGGGACCCGAAGCGCGUCACUGUGGUGGGAAUAGCACACUGCACAGACUCCAGCACCAAGAGCUCCCUGGAGGGUCUCAUAAAGCAGCACGGAGGUGGAAAAGGACCGGGAAGGUCUGAAAGAGCAGGGAAUCAGUGCAAGACGUGUGGGAUUCAAACAAAACAGCCGCACGCUGAGGGGAAAUGUUGGACGUGUAAAGCAAAUAUUUGCUAUUUUAUGGAAAAGCAUGUAUGUCCGAUGAAGUAAUUACUCACAUAACUGUUGAAAAUAGAAUUAAAAUGAUGUAAAACAUAAAGUUAAAAAUAAAGUAAUGAAUGUUGUUUUUUUGGAUCAGACAGUCCUCUUGAGAAUGAGGAUUAAACAU